CCGGGGCCCGGCUCUCGCAAAACAAGCAGCAGUUUCAACAAACACCGCUGAGAUAUCGACAACAACAACAGCAGCCAAACAACAACAACAACCACAAGCCGCUACCGCCACAGAGCGCGGGAGCAAGACGCAUGGCGUAGGCAUGGGGAACGUGGCGUCGUGCUGCGUGCCCGACAGCCCUCGCGAGGGCCCUGGUGCCCGCAGCUUGGACCGCGUUCGCAUCUUCGACGCCGAGACGCGCAGCGAAGACAGCGGCGGCGGCGGCGGUGGCGCGGCCUCCCUGCAGCACAUCAGAGACCGCGAGGCGGGCAGCGAUAACGAUUUGGAGCCAAACCCAUCGGACCACCCUCGGGCCAACACCAUAUUCCUCAGUAAAUCACAACCUGACGUGAGAGAGAAGAGAAAGAGUAACUAUUCAAAUAAUGUGAGCGUCACGGUAUCUCCUGCCCAAAUUUCGAAGAAGUACAGCUCCUGCUCAACCAUAUUUCUCGAUGACAGCACAGUGAGCCAGCCCAACCUUAAAUACACUAUUAAAUGCGUGGCACUUGCAAUAUACUACCACAUUAAAAACAGGGAUACUACUAUCCGAACUCUUGACAUAUUUGAUGAGAAACGUCAUCCUUUAACGAAAGUGGAAGUGCCAGUGGACUACAGUGUUAACGACCCGGAGCACAGGCACAUCUACCGCUUCCUGAGAAACCUUUUCAGCGCAGCCCAACUCACAGCUGAAUGUGCCAUUAUCACUCUGGUGUACGUUGAAAGGCUGAUGACUUACGGCGAGAUCGACAUCUGCCCCAGCAACUGGAAGCGGAUACUGUUGGGAGCCAUCCUGCUGUCCUCCAAGGUGUGGGAUGACCAAGCUGUGUGGAAUGUGGACUACUGCCAGAUCCUCAAGGACAUCGCUGUCGAUGACGUGAAUGAACUGGAGAGGCAGUUUCUAGAGCUGCUGCAGUUUAACAUCAACGUCCCAGCAAGUGUUUAUGCCAAGUAUUACUUUGACCUCCGUUCGCUGGCCGACUGCAACAAUUUGAGCUUCCCUCUGGAGCCCCUCUGCAAGGAGAGGGCCCAUAGACUGGAGGCCAUCUCCCGUCUCUGUGAAGACAAAUACAGAGAUUUAUCGAAGACUUCUCUGCGAAAGUCCGUCAGCGCUGACAAUUUAAUCGAAAAACGGACAUUCGCAGCCAUUCUGCCGUAGUGGCUGUGAACGAGCGCAUCCGACAACUUCAAUUAAUUCAACGUACAUUGAGGCUGUCGGAAAUAUUUUUUGCAAGGUAAAGUAUGCGGUGCGAUUCUGUGCAUUGCCAGCCCUUUUGACAUCCUUCUGUUUUACGUGACAAAUUUGGAAAUAUAGAAACGCGCACACGCAAAAAAAGCGAUCGCUUAAAUGUUAUGAUUUUGCUAAAGUAUAUUGCACCAUAUAUUAAGGGCUUAAAUGUCUUAAAAAACAUUUCUUUAACUCGCUUUUUUCUAAGUGAAAGUAGUUUCAUGUGCUCCCAAAGUAGAACCUUAAUUCUUGCCAAUAGCGUAAACAUUUUUGAAAAUUACGGUAAUGAAUGAGUCAUCACCAGACAUCCCAAGUGACAGAAAAUAAUGGCUGACGAAAGGCAUUUUGCAAUGGAAAGUUUGGCAAGCGGCAGUGGAGCUAUAACUGCAAAACUGUUAUGCGAGCUCAGUUGGGGAAGGAGGCCUGGGGAGAGUUGAGAGCUUAACUGCAUUGUGAUAAUGUUUGCAUCUUCAGCACUUGUAGCUGUGCAGUCGAUGUUAUACUUAUGGUACGUGCUGGUUUUUGAAUAAGCACAGCCUAGCAUGAAUGGUGAAGCAUUCAGAAGUUUUCUAAAUGGUAAUGCAAGUACUUCUGUAGACCUCAUGUAUACAUUUUAAUUGUCAGUGAUUUAAGACGGUCUGUCAUAUGGAAAAGGAAGCAUUGGACCAAUCUCUUGAGUCGUUUGUGGAUGGGGGUGGUAUAGGAAGCGUGGUCGGAGUCUCUUUUCAAAUAGAACUAUCGAAAAGGGUAUACUUUUUAUAAACAGCUCCUCUGUGUGUAUGGUUUUAUGGGUGUAGAAAACAUUUAAUACAAUGGAUAAACCAGUCACAGUGCUAUUUAACACUCCGUAUCCAGAGUCUGCAGAAGAUCGGACCUGGAGCUAGAAUCCAAUGAGUCGAAUGAAAUGCGUUGGGUUUUUUUCCGUCAAAAAACAUCAGGAGGGGCCUAUUGUUUAAAUUCUUAAUUCUGCAGAAUGUGAAUUGUGUGAAUAUCGCGUGCGUGCACUAUCCGUGUGCCUUAUGUUUACUCCAGUGUGAACCCUAAGAUGUGCGUCGUGCACUUGCAUGCGCUUGUGCGCACACACACACACACACAACGCUAAGCGCAACAACCAAUAAUGUGAAUAAUGCAGAGGACCCUUUUAAUGAAUUGGCUUGGCCAAGCUGUAUUUUCUUUUUUAAAGCAGGGCUAUCCAGCUUGGAUAGAAAUGAUGGAAAGAGAAAGUGAGCUGCCUGAAGCCCCAAGAGACCGCCUCGCUCCAGGAUUCCAGAAUCCUUUUAGUGGCAUUGUGCGUUGCUGUAUCGGGGUCAUUGUAACGGGAGCUGUAGGAGUGGCUGGAGUAACUAGCGGGCCUGUGGGGUUUCUUGUGUGGGAUGACGGCAGGGAACAUUCUAGCAAACAAAGAAAAUGGAAAUCAAGACCGUGUUAUUGUAGUUGGAAUUUUUUUUCUCUCCUCACUUUUUUUUGCCUUAUUUACUUGUCUUUUACUUUGUACGGUUUGUGACUUUUUUUCGUAUAUAUUUUUUUCAUUUGCAGCGGUAUUCUUUGUUUACCGCCUCUUUUUGUGAGGAUAUCCGUCUGAUUUGUUUAUCCCGAGAUGUUGUUUAUUUUCUUAAUGUCUGCGGCUUAUAUAUAAAUGUUUCAAAGUAAUAAUGCAUUACUCUUCCCGAACGUACAUUUUUAUUAACAGAAAAUAAUUUGGUUUCUUAAUACAGCUUAUAUGAUGACGAGUAAGUUUUAUUUUACUCUACUGAAUUCCUUUAAUUAGCUCAGAGUUAAUUGAUGCUCAUUAUCACAUUGUAUAGAGGGCACCUGGCUAAUGAAAUUCAUGGUGGGACAUUCAUGUUACUCGAUUUAAUUGUACGUCAUUUUCAGAUUUUAGCUUUGACACCUGCACGUAUAAUGAGCUGCUUCUGCCAGUGUAAAGCGGUCAACAAUGUCCACUUUUGCAGCAGGUGUUUCAAUUUGUCGUAAUUUCUAGCAGAUGAUGAUUUGGUUGCAGACUUAUUUAAAUAUCAACUUCACGUGAAUGAACAAAAGACUGCACUUUCGAUCCACUUGAGUUGUUUUCUGUGUGCAGCAUCCGUGGCUUAUAAUACAUCGACUUUAAAGUAGCAUUUCUGCACAUGAAUACAAAUGACAAGUGAAUACGUUUUUUUUUUUAAAGCGUAUUGUAGAUAGUUUUUGAAAAUGUACAUUUUACGAAAAAAGAAAAUACGCGUGCUCAUUUGGCAGGAAUAUGAUAUCAUUGUAUUAUCUUCCGUGCGGAACAUGAAUGGAUACUAGCAUGUGAUCGACGUGGGAUAUUUUCUCAUUCACCUCGUGUAGAGUGUGGUGCUAAAGAUGGAUAUGAUUCCUUAUCGUUACUUCAACGCAAAAGUUUGGUAAAAUAACAAAAUAACAUAUUGCAGUAUUGGGAUGCUUGGGAUUAUACAAAAGCAUAGAAAAUGUAGCAUCCAUUGACCAUUGUUAAAUUAUGCGUUCAUAGCAUGCCAUAUAUACUCCUUUGUGUUUGCUUUGAUUGACACAUGAUAAUCUUAUAUUCAACGAUACUUGGUAUUGUUGAAAUUGUGUACGUAACGAUGCACCCUUUACGGUGUUGAUGAUGAUGAUGAACUGUUAUUUCUUGCUGUAGUAACUAUCUGUGGGGGCCGCCACGCACGUAACGCGCGUGACCCUGUUCCGGAUUGCGCGCCGAAGAUGUAUUGCCGUA